AUGGCCAACGAGCAUGGCUUGUCUCUGUCCUAUCCCAACCCAUCCUUCAGCCAGAUGGCCUGUCUGGAGCCUGAGCUAGACGAUCGCGGCUGCCAGGGCAAAGAUCUAGCCAGGCCACCGGCUCAAGAUGGUUCCCCGCCCAUCAGCGGAGUUCGCCAAUUUGUGGUGAUGGCUUCUCUCGAUACUUCGAUAGUGUCGACUUCCUUGGUCACGAUAUCGCACGAACUCAACGACUUCGUCAACGCCCCCUGGAUCGUCUUGGCCUAUCUUUUGACGUACAUGGGCUUUUCCGUCUGCAUAUCCAAGCUCAGCGACAUAUAUGGCCGACGGAACAUGUUGCUUUUGUCAUGGAUCAUCUUCAUGGGAUUCUCUCUUGGAUGUGCUUCCGCCAGGGAUAUGACUGCUCUGAUUACGUGCCGUGCAUUUCAGGGGAUUGGCGCUUCCGGGCUGUACACCUUGACUCAACUUGGGCUUGUCGAGGUUGGGCCUGGACAUCGGCCUAGCCUCGUCGGUGCCAUGAUAGGGGCGACCCUUGCCGUGGCCUUUGUCCUGGGACCGCUUCUCGGAGGCAUCAUCUCACAGCUCUCUGAUUGGAGAUGGAUCUUCAACCUGAACAUUCCCUGCGGGCUGGUAACGAUGCUGGCCAUUACCAACUUUUGGCCGCGCGAAGAGGCCGUUCACCUGCUCUCCUGGCGGGGAUUUUCCCGCAUAGACUUCAUCGGCAGUGCAGCGCUCAUCUGCAGUUCGGGCUUCCUCGUGUACGCCCUGCAACAGGGCGGUUCGCAGUCGUCUGCCUGGAACAGCCCUGAAAUCGUCAGCACCUUCGUGCUCUCGGGAAUCUGCUGGAUCGUCUUUGUCGGCUGGGAGGUUUUUCUGGACAAAAAGCGGUUCGGAAGCGUCGAGCCCAUCUUUCCGAUACGGCUGAUGUGCAGACGAGUUUAUGCUGCCGGCUUGGUGAACACACUACUCACGGGUUUCCCGUACAUUAGCCUCUGCAUCAUCAUCCCGGAGCGCUUCCAGAUUGUCGACGGCGAGAAGGCACUCAUGGCCGGAGUACACAUCCUUCCGCUCCUCGGCGCGUGCGCAAGCGGCUCGUUCCUUGGAGGCGCCCUGUCGAGCAAACGAAACAACACGUCCUACACCCUGGUGGCGGCCUCCUGUCUUCAACUCCUGGGCGUGGGCCUGAUGACGACGAUUGCAGGGACGCACACAAGCACGGCGGCCCAGUACGGCUUCCAAGCCAUUUUCGGACUCGGCGUCGGCCUCUCCUUUUCGGCCGCCACCAUCAUGACCAACAUGUUUGCGGCGGAACCCAGCCUUCGAGCCUCUGCCCAGGGCGCCGUGGCGCAGGCCCGAGUCCUCGGCGGCUGCAUCGGGCUCUCGAUCUGCACAGUUCUCUUCAACGUGCACGUCAACCGCCAACUGGGCCACGACUUGACGGGCGAGCAGCUCGACAUGCUGCACCGGUCGCCCCUAAUGGGACUCCAGCUGCCCCCACGCCUCCAAGAGCUCGUUAAGGCCGUCUACGUAGGGGCAUUUGGGCAGCAGAUUCAGGUCAUGGGCCUCGCCUGCGCCGCCAUGGUUGUCGUCUCGCUCUUCACCCUGGAGCGCCACCCGAGGCCUCUGCAGAAUACGAGGGCCGCGACGAGGAAGGACGAGGCAUCGUCGUUUCGCCGGGGAAGCGACUCGGCCACCGAAAUCAAUACCAUAUCGAGCAACCAGCAAACAGUCUAG